CCGCCCUCGACCUCUCGCAGACCCCGGUCCCCAGCUGUCGCUGGGGUAACCCCCCCUGGACCGCGCGCUGCUCUAUCAUGCGACUGUCGCACCUCCUCCUGCAGCCGCGCGUCCUGCAGCAGGGAAUCGCAGCCGUAUCGCGCCGCUGCGGGCGGGGACCGUCCUGCCGCCGCUCUCCCGGGUCUCCCGCUAGCCUCCCGUGGAGGAAGGUCAGCAGCUCCUCGCCCACAGCAGCCAUGGAGGAGCUCCUGAGCAAGUCCGUGCCCCCUCUGCCGCCCUACGAGACGAAGGAGAAGAGCCCCCCGCCUCCUGAGCUGCAGAGCUUGCACUUCAUCCAGUGCUACGGGUCCCUGGAGAAGGGGGAGAGGGCGGUGCUGCUGGGGCAGCUGGCUGCUGAGUUCGGGGUGGACCAUGCCCAGGUGGCAGAGCUCAGCAGCAAGCUGGUGCAGGCUCAGCAGAAGAGGGACCUGGGCACUGUGCUGCAGGUGGAGGACAGGCUCAGGUACUACCUCACCCCCCAGUACAAGGUGCUCUUCAGCCAUAUUAGUAAGCUGGAAGGGGGCAUGAAGUUCCUGGUGGACCUCAGAGCUGAUCUGGUAGAGAGCGUGGCGGCCAAGCUGGCAGACGUCCCUCACCUUAGGGAGAUGAAUGGUGUCCUGAGGAACAUGCUAUCCGAGUGGUUCUCUGUAGGGUUCCUCCACCUGGAGAGAAUAACCUGGCAGUCUCCCUGUGAGAUUCUACAGAAGAUUAGUGAGUACGAGGCGGUGCAUCCCGUCAGGAACUGGACAGACAUGAAGCGCCGAGUCGGCUCGUACAGGAGGUGCUUCACCUUCACACACAGCGCCAUGCCUGGUGAACCCCUCAUCGUGCUACAUGUGGCUCUGAUGCAGCACAUCUCAAGCAGUAUACAGGAGAUUGUGAAAGAGAAUCCUCCGUCGGAGGCAGAAGAUGGAAACAAGGUCAAGUCGGCCAUUUUCUACUCCAUCAGCCUGACACAGCAAGGCCUGCAGGGAGUGGAGCUCGGCAAUUACCUCAUAAAGCGGGUCGUGAAGGAGUUGCAGGGCGAGUUUUUCCAAAUCUCCGAGUUCUCCAGCUUGUCCCCAAUCCCUGGAUUUACCAAAUGGCUUCUUGGAGCCCUCAGUUCACAAACAAAAGAAUUAGGUAGAGCCGAGCUCUUCCUGGAGUCAGAACAUAAAGAGAUAUCCGAUCUCAUCGGAGCACCGGCUGCUGAUGGCCUGAAACGUGUGUUUUCCAGCAACGAAUGGAUGAAGUCAGAAAGGUUGGUAAAGGCUCUGGAGGCCCCAAUGAUGAGACUCUGCGCUUGGUACCUGUACGGAGAAAAGCACCGCGGUUUUGCCUUGAACCCCGUAGCAAACUUCCACCUGCAAAAUGGGGCUGUCCUGUGGCGGCUGAACUGGAUGGCGGACACAAGCCCUCGGGGUGCCGCUGCCUCCUGCGGCAUGAUGGUGAACUAUCGCUACUUCCUGGAGGACACAAGUGCCAACAGUUCUAGGUAUCUCAGGAUGAAGCACAUCGAGGCCUCCGAACAAGUGCUCAAUCUGGUGUCUCAGUUCAGAAAAAACAGUAAACUGUAAACGGUAACCGACCGACCUCAUCCAGCAUUCACCGUUCUCCAUUCUGGGGCUGCCGAGCAACCGCUGGUGAACAAACCGGUGCAAAUUGAUGGCCCACGGGCUAGAGAGACAUUAAAGGACGUUAUUUUGGACAUAAUCGCCUGUACAGAUAAUUUUAUUUUGAUUGCAUUGUAAUAGCAUUUUGCUUUGUGAUAAUAUAUUACCAGCUGUUACAUAGUUAUACAAUAAUUUAUAACCAUAUCCAGGCAUUAAAUUAUAACUGCUUGUGCA